UAUUUAUAAAUUUUAUAAUGCCAACUAUAUCUGUGAAACGAGAUUCUCUGUUUGCCGCACUUGGGAAAACUUAUACUGACGAUGAAUUCCAAGAACUUUGUUUCGAAUUUGGCUUGGAACUGGAUGAAGUUACAACAGAGAAACAGAUGUUAAUGAAGGAGCAAGGUGAACAUGUUGGUGCAGGAGUAUCAGAAGAGAUCCUCUACCGAAUAGACAUCCCAGCCAAUAGAUAUGAUCUCCUCUGCUUGGAGGGAUUGGUUGACGGCCUGCUAGUUUUCCAGGGCAAGAAACCCCCUCCACAUUAUGUUCUGAAAAAGUAUGAAGACUGUCACUCUUUACACCUAACACCUGCAACAGGACAAAUCAGGCCAUUUGCAGUAGCUGCUGUACUUAAAGGCAUCACUUUCACCAAGGAGUCAUAUGACAGUUUCAUAGAUUUGCAAGACAAGUUACAUCAAAAUAUAUGCAGGAAGAGAACUCUAGUAGCCAUUGGUACCCAUGACUUGGACACCAUACAGGGACCCUUUGUGUAUGAUGCAUUACCACCUAGUGAGAUUAAGUUCAAGGCACUCAAUCAAGCCAAGGAAAUGACUGCACCUGAACUUAUGGAGUUGUAUUCUUCACAUGCGCAAUUGAAGCAGUACUUAGGCAUCAUCAGGGACAGUCCAGUAUACCCGGUCAUCAAGGACAAGAAUGGGGUAGUGCUCUCCAUGCCACCCAUUAUCAAUGGAGACCACUCCAAGAUCACUUUGGACACUAAAAAUGUUUUCAUUGAGUGCACAGCUACAGAUCUCACUAAGGCGAUAGUGGUCUUAGACACGAUAGUGAGCAUGUUCUCGAAGUACUGCAGCAAGGAGUACGAGGUGGAACAAUGCAAGGUGUUCGCGCCCGACGGGGCGUACGAGCUCUACCCCAAGAUGUGCACACGGGAGGAAACCCUUAGCGUCGAGAAGGCUAACAACUACAUUGGCAUUAAUGAAAAUGGAGAAAACUUAGCGCGUCUCCUUUCCCGCAUGUGCCUGUCUAGUACGACGGAAGACGACGGUACCACAUUGCGCGUGCGCGUGCCUCCCACCAGGCAUGACGUCAUACACGCAUGCGAUCUUUACGAGGACAUCGCUAUUGCUUAUGGCUACAACCGCAUAGUCCGGCGGCCAGCGCGGGUGGUGACGACGGGUGGGCAGGACCCAAUCAACAAGCUGACCGAGCAACUGCGACUAGAGUGCGCACACGCAGGGUACACCGAGGCACUCACCUUCACACUGUGUUCCCGGGAUGAUGUUGCUACGAAAUUAGGUGUUAAAAUUGAAGAAGUGCCAGCAGCUCACAUCUCUAACCCAAAGACUUUAGAGUUCCAAGUCGUGCGGACGUUAUUACUACCAGGCCUGCUCAAAACGUUAGCUGCCAACAAGAAAAUGCCUCUACCAAUGAAAUUGUUCGAAAUCAGUGAUGUUGUACUGCAAGAUAAAAACGUUGAGACUGGCGCCCGCAACGAGCGUCGCCUGUGCGCGGUGCACUGCGGUCGCGCGGCCGGCUUCCAGUUCGUGCACGGCCUGCUCGACCGCGUCAUGGCGCUGCUGCGGGAGCCCUGGGAUAAAGAUACUGGGUACUAUCUCAGGCAGUGCGAAGACCCUGCGUACUUCCCGGGUCGCUGUGCGGCCGUGGUACUACGUGGCGAGGUGAUCGGCAAGGUGGGCGUACUCAGCCCCGCCGUGUUGGCUGCCUUCGAGCUCACCAACCCCUGCUCCGCGCUAGAGAUCAAUAUACAACCCUUCGUGUAGUAAACAUAUUUAUCAAACCAAUCUAAAUACC